AUGGUUGACUGGAUGGAUGGACACGGAUUGAGUGGACGAUGUAAACGGAUGAGAUGGAACGGAUGUGAAGGAGAAAGAGGACUAGUAGAAGUUGCUGUAGUGGACGAAAUGACUAAAGUGAAGAGGACGACGACGACGACAACGGUGGUAGUAGUAGUAGUAGUAGUAGUUAGUAGUAGUAGUAGUAGUAGUAGUAGUAGUAGUAGUAGUAGUAGUAGUA